AGUACUGCCUUGAACAUCAAUCGUCAUAUGACCCAUUCUGUCGAGUCUGCAAAGCUUGGGCCAUAUUUGUCUGUGCUAAAAUAGUUUCGUGGAGUGAGUGUGUGCAGAUAGUCGUCACAGUUUUGGGACCUGUAAAUACUCCCACACUUCAUAAUCAAAAUGACUGACCCAAAUCCCAUGUAUGGACCCUUCUUUGGAGUUAUGGGGGCGGCGUCUGCUAUUAUAUUCAGCGCCCUGGGAGCGGCCUAUGGAACGGCCAAGUCGGGCACCGGUAUCGCCGCCAUGUCGGUGAUGCGGCCCGAGCUCAUCAUGAAGUCUAUCAUCCCCGUGGUCAUGGCUGGUAUCAUUGCCAUCUACGGGCUGGUGGUGGCCGUGCUGAUCGCCGGCUCCCUCGAGCCGCCCGCGACAUAUCCCCUGUUCAGAGGAUUCAUUCACUUGGGUGCCGGUCUCGCGGUAGGGUUCUCUGGGCUGGCUGCCGGUUUCGCCAUAGGCAUCGUGGGAGAUGCCGGCGUGCGUGGAACAGCUCAGCAGCCGAGGUUAUUCGUCGGAAUGAUCCUUAUCCUCAUUUUCGCUGAAGUGUUGGGUCUAUACGGUCUCAUCGUAGCCAUCUACCUCUACACGAAACAACAGUAAACACCCCUGUACUCGCACACUCCAUUCACCCGUGCCCCGGAGCCCUAUGCCUCUAUGUGAUCUAUGCUCAUUACAAAUAUCACGCGCACAGGGGAACGUCGUCGCCGGUAGCGGCCCCGCAUAGCGCCCCGAGGCACAACAACUGUAUAGUAACCUGUUAAACCUCCCCUCCUCACUGUAAGGCUUAACUCGCAAACACUGCAGGUUGAAAACUGUUGUUGUAUUGUCCAAUACGAGAGCUCAACUACCGCUCUGUGGUUGUGCUGUGGUACGAGUUAAGCCUGAAAUAAAUAAUUGAUCGCACAUCUCCGGCCCGGUGCGGACAAGAUGCUGCGUCCGUGCCGAGCCCCGGGACCGCGAUCUCUAUUAAAUAAGUUUUUUUUAUCUUGAAUUUUAUUACGAACACGUUUCCCGAACGUAUCCGAAUCAUGGUUGACGCUACCGCGCGAUGACGGAGUUAUUUAUUUUAAUUUAGUUCCCGCUAUCUUGUAUUACGGUGACUGGAGUAACUUCACCAACAUAUCGGUAUUUGUUGCGCUGCCAACCCUCGCGAUUUAAACGUUACAUCUGACGAUAUCAAUUUAGAUUAUUUUAGCGUUAAGGCGAAACUAAUGUACAGUUAGAGUAGAAAGUUAAGUCCAAACGAUUUAUCUUAAAUAUAAUUUAUGAUCCGUUGAAGCCUGCAGGGUACUGUGUACCGACUAUCAAUUUGCUGAGAGUUUGAAGGUUGAACCUGGCUUAGCGUAUACAGCUUUCAGUGUUGUUGGGUGUACUUAUCCAUAACUACUAUACUGUUUUUACCUGUAUUGUGUACCUAUGCUGUCUACAGUGACUCGUUAAACUAUUCCAAAGCGUGUCGCAAACAAAUGUAUUGCCAGGGAUCAGUUAAUAAACAUGAUUUGUACAUUCCAUAUUAUUUUGUUUCUA